GCCACAUACCAGACGAAAAAACUCUUUAGAUUCUCAGUCUGCAUUUUGUACCCACUCUGCAGUGUGCAGUCAACAUUUUGUACCUAGUCUACGUUUUUUAUCCGGUCUGCAGUCUGCAUGUUGUACUAACAGGUACCCGUGGCACCAAUAUUUUAGUUUUGGUCACAGUUAUUCGCACAACACACUCAAUGUACCACAAAAUAUCUGUGUGUGAGUUAAUUCGACAUUUUCGUUCUUUUCCACGCUAAUACACUUCUUUCCUUUUGUAAGAAUGUAGACAUCACUUACAAUGUUUCUAGUAGUCCACCCAUCCAUUAGAUUAAGACAGGCUAAAUCGGACAGCAGCCAAUUGCAAAGGAACAGAAGUGCUAACCAAUGAAAAUGAGGAAGAAUGCAGGUCGAGAGGUACAUAUUGACGAAAGAUGAAUACAGCUACUGUUCAUGAGUACACAGAAGCGAUUAGUGUCUUUCAGAAGCGUGAAAGACUGAGGAAACCUUUACGGUAUAAGAAAGCGCUGACUGAAUCUUAAACAAUUCAAGAGGAAAAGGACUUCACAGUACUACAGGUAGAGAAUCAGCCAGGGAUGUUAACAAAGCUUUAAACAUGGUAAGGAACGAGAUGGCAGAUCAUCAAGCUAAUGCAAACAAGAUUAUAGACUUCUUAACAAAAGGACCAGGAAAGCAUCAAGUUUACAAUAGACUUGCAACGUUUGUUGAUACAUUUGGCAGUCGAAUUGCAGGCUCUGCCAAUCUGGAGCAUGCUAUAGAUUACAUGCUUGAUGAACUGAAAGAGGACAAACUUGAUAAUGUACAUGGUGAAGAAGUGAAUGUAACCCACUGGGUGCGUGGUAAGGAAUCAGCCCAAAUGAUUAUGCCCAGGAAUCACUCUAUUGCCCUGCUUGGCCUUGGAGGUAGUGUAGGUACUCCACCUGAAGGUAUAACUGCAGAAGUUUUGGUUGUGAGCUCAUUUGACGAACUUCAUGCCAAGGCCUCAGAGGCUAAAGGUAAAAUUGUGGUUUUAAAUGAGAAAUGGAUUAGUUAUGGGAAGACAGUGGUUUAUCGUACACAAGGGGCUGCAGAGGUGGCUAAAGUUGGUGGCCUUGCCUCCCUCAUCCGUUCUGUGACACCAUUUUCUAUCUACAGUCCUCAUACUGGUUGGCAAUAUUAUGAGAAAGGAGUGAAGAAAAUCCCAACAGCCUGUAUUACAAUAGAGGAUGCAGAAAUGAUGACCAGGAUGGCUGCUAGAGGAACAAAAAUAAUAGUUAAUUUGAAAAUGGAAGCCCAAAAUUUGCCACAAGUAGUUUCUAGGAACACAGUUGCUGAGAUAGAAGGCAGCGUGCAUCCAGAACAGGUGGUUCUUGUCAGUGGCCAUCUCGACAGCUGGGAUGUUGGUCAAGGUGCAAUGGAUGAUGGAGGUGGUGCAUUCAUUUCCUGGCAAGCACUGUCAGUUAUUCGACAACUAGGUCUCAAACCAAAACGCACAAUGCGGAUGGUGCUAUGGACAGGAGAAGAGGUGGGUCUUCUUGGAGCAGAACAAUACUACAACCGACACAAAGAUAGUGCAGGAAAUUUCAGCUUGGUGAUGGAGUCUGAUAUUGGAACCUUCAAGCCUCUAGGGAUAGUGUUUCAAGGCAGUGAAAAAGCAGCAGUCAUUAUGAAGGAUGUGAUGGAGCUGUUGAAGCCAAUUAAUGUCACUAACCUAACAGUUACUCAUGUUGGUGGGGAUAUCACCUUCUGGAUCCAAGAUGGGGUACCAGGUGGAAGCUUGAAGAAUGAGAACAGCAAGUACUUCUAUUUCCACCACUCAAAUGGUGACACCAUGACUGUACAGGAUCCUGAUGCCAUGGACCUGUGUGCUGCAGUGUGGACUGUUGUGGCUUACACUGUUGCCAAUCUGGAUGAAAUGCUGCCUCGAAACUAGUAACAGCAGAACUAUGAUUACCAAUGUAGUUCUCUUUCAUUUUCAGUAUUGUAAAAAGUCUUACUACUUUUUUAAGGUAGCAAUGAGCUCAAGACACAGACACUAAAGCAAAUGAAAUAAUAUUUUUUAAAUAUAAUUUAGUGUGAGAUGAGAUGAACAUUCAGGUAGGAAAGGAGAGGGAGGGUGACAUGAUCUGUACUUUAGAGACAGGACAACAUUUUUUUUAAUUCUACUGCAUGCCUUUCACCAGAUAGAAUAGUUCAUUGGAAUUUGAUUCUAGUAGUUAAAGUAUAUUUUUUUAAACACAAGUAUAUACUACUAAAAUGAUACCCCAUUCACACCAAAGCAUGGUUUAAAAUUUUUUUCUUCAUGGAAGCUGCUUAAAUUGAUGUUUGUUGACGUUAAAUGAAGCACGUUGAAAACAGAAGUUGGCCAUUUCUUGAAUCCUGUGGGAAAUUUGGUUUAUGAGUUCUCUUAAACAUGGUUUAAAUCAACAGGUUUUGAAGGUGUGAAUUAAUUUAAGUUAAGUUAACACUUUGUAGUUGUAGGUUUUUUUAGGAAACUUAGGUAGGGAAAUAUUUCACUCCUUACUGUUUUGCAAGUUAUGGUCCUCUGUACAGGGAAAGAAAAAGUCUUCUGGGGCAUUACAAUCCUAUUCAAUAGCUUCCCUAGGACAACUUAACAAAUUCCUGUACAAGGAGGAUUCCUAAUAGCUCUACUAUGUAGUCAUAUGGCACAAGCACAAUAGCACCCAAGCUGACAUAGACAUCAGCAAAAGGUGUUGAUUCCCCUUGUUAAAGUGAAACUACUGUCACUAUUUCUAGACAUACUCUAUUCCCCUUCAGGGAAGAUGGGUCCUUUGUCAUUUUUUCAAAUAUCAAAGUCCAUCCUGCCUUUGGAGGCUUUGACUCAUAGCUGAAGCUUACUAAUCUCUGUGGGGAAAAUCUUGUCUGGACGUAACAACAUGUGGAUUUUUCUAUUUCUGGGAUAAUCCCUCUUUCAAAAUUUUGAGGAAGAUUUGUAAUUGACAGAAUUUUUCAAAUAAAAGAAUUGUUUUUCAACGGAAA